UGCAAGUUGGAGUUUCAUGCAUGUACUUCUGGCAAAACCAUUACAGCUCGAUGUGAAGGGCCCUGCCCCUGCCUUCCAGGACCUGAAAGUUCAAAGCACAAGACAGAGAAGACUGCUUGCACAGACAAAGAACUGAGGAACCUGGCUUCCCGACUAAAAGACUGGUUUGGUGCUCUUCAUGAGGAUGCAAAUCGUGUCAUCAAACCAACGAGCUCGGAGACGGCACAAGGCAGAUUUGACACCAGCAUACUACCCAUCUGCAAGGACUCCUUAGGCUGGAUGUUCAACAAACUGGACAUGAACUACGACCUGCUGCUGGACCCCUCGGAGAUCAGUGCCAUUUACCUGGACAAGUACGAGCCCUGUGUCAAGCCUCUCUUCAACUCCUGCGACUCCUUCAAGGACGGGAAGCUGUCAAACAACGAGUGGUGCUACUGCUUCCAGAAGCCGGGCGGUCUUCCUUGCCAGAAUGAAAUGAAUAGAAUUCAAAAGCUAAGUAGAGGGAAGAGUCUGUUGGGUGCUUUCAUCCCCCGGUGCAAUGAAGAGGGUUACUACAAAGCCACUCAGUGCCACGGCAGCACAGGGCAGUGCUGGUGUGUCGACAAGUAUGGGAAUGAGCUAGCAGGCUCAAGAAAGCAAGGGACAGUUAGUUGUGAAGAAGAGCAAGAAACCUCAGGGGAUUUUGGCAGUGGUGGAUCUGUUGUAUUGUUGGAUGAUUUGGAAGAGGAACCUGAAGCAGCAAAAAAAGACAAAGAAGGGAAACUGAAGAUUCACGUAAGAGCAGCUAAUGAAGAUGAUGAAGAUGAAGAUGAUGACAAGGAUGAUGAAAUUGGUUAUAUAUGGUAGUGCCCAUUGUAAUGAGGACUCACAUUUUGCACAAUAUUGCAAGUCACAUCACAUCUCUGCAAUUGUAUCUGAGAGUACCUGGCACAAAUAUUCCCUCUCUACUGAGUUUAAUUUUGUAUGGUCUGUUUAAUUUGGGAGACAACUUUUUUUUUUUUUUCCAGCAAAGACUGUUUGGAACACAGCUUUUGUUCAGUUGGUUGGGGGGAUUUUUGUUCUAUCCACAGGGGCAAUGAAUUUUGUUUCAGAAAUAUUUCAUGUCUUAAUCUUCCCUUGCACAGCUUAUGAAAUAUA